CCAACCCACCAACGAAAUAAAAAGACAGAAAUCUCUUCUGCCGCUCCAAAUGGCAGCCAUGGCGCUUUUCCUUAACAUAGCCACUCCUUCCUCCGUCUCUUACCCAAAACUGCCCAAAUCCCACCUCCCUCCACCCUUACUCCUCCCCCUCCACCACCACUCCACCGCCAGAACCCGAUCUGGUACCAAGAUUUCUGCCUCUCUGAUUGACCCGGAUGGAGGCCGACUUGUCGAGCUUUUUGUUCGAGAAUCUGAGAAGGAUUCGAAAUUGAAGCAGGCCAUGGGCUUGCCUCAGAUCAAACUCUCCAAGAUUGACCUUCAAUGGGUCCAUGUGCUCAGCGAGGGCUGGGCCAGCCCAUUGAAGGGGUUCAUGAGAGAGUCUGAGUUCCUCCAAACGCUUCAUUUUAACUCGCUCCGACUCAAUGACGGGUCGGUUGUCAACAUGUCGGUCGCGAUCGUUCUGGCCAUUGAUGAUGUCCAGAAGGGUCGGAUCGGGUCGUCCACCAGCGUUGCGCUUGUGGAUCAGAAUGACAACCUCGUUGCUAUCUUGAACGACAUUGAAAUUUACAAGCAUAACAAAGAAGAAAGAAUAGCAAGAACCUGGGGUACUACAGCACCCGGUUUACCUUUAUUCAUUGAAAUUUACAAGCAUAACAAAGAAGAAAGAAUAGCAAGAACCUGGGGUACUACAGCACCCGGUUUACCUUAUGUCGAGGAAGCUAUUAGCGCUGCUGGAAACUGGCUGAUUGGUGGUGAUUUAGAGGUUAUAGAACCCAUCAAGUAUAAUGAUGGUCUUGAUCACUUCCGGCUUUCCCCUUCACAGCUCCGUGACGAGUUUGUGAGGCGCAACGCAGAUGCUGUGUUUGCCUUCCAGCUCAGAAAUCCUGUGCACAAUGGGCAUGCUCUAUUGAUGACUGACACGCGCAGUCGUCUUCUGGAGAUGGGAUAUAAGAAUCCGGUCCUCUUGCUUCAUCCAUUGGGAGGUUAUACAAAAGCAGAUGAUGUACCACUUUGUUGGCGAAUGAAGCAACAUGAGAAGAAUUUGAGCUAA